UGAGUUCUCUUCCUGGUCCUGCUGUCCACGGUGCGCCCGCCCUGACGUCAACUUCCAAGGAGGAGCAGCUCGUCGGUUCGCGUGCGCUACUGCGGUACUGCAACCCCGGCUGCUAUGUGACUCCAUCGGGGGAACUUGGUUUGAAUUAGCGGUCCCGUUAUACCAAGGAUAGGGUUCUGGUGCACCGUAGGUCAUUGGAAGUGAAACGAGAGGUGCAGAUAGGGUGCGAGGGUCUUCGACAGUGGAGCGUGGCAGCAGGAGGGAGAUUUCUCUCGUUCCUAUCAGAUCUGCCUACAACCGGGGUCUGGCGUAGAAUAUGGCGGAACAUCACUCUGUUUCCGAUAGCAAGCAUAAAGCUUCUGCUGCGAAUAUCGGAGCUUCUCUCUCUGGGAAUGGACGGACCAGUCCAGCGGGGACCGUCGGUAGUAGUCCUACGGGGGCUCUCUCCACCGGGAUAGCUCAGCCGGCAGGGUGGCAGUCCUUACUCUCGUUUACCAUCCUGUUUCUGGCCUGGCUUGCUGGUUUCAGUGCCAGGCUCUUCGCUGUCAUCCGAUUUGAGAGCAUCAUCCACGAGUUUGACCCUUGGUUCAACUACAGAUCUACUCACCAUCUGACCAUCAACGGCUUCUACGACUUCCUCAACUGGUUCGAUGACAGGGCCUGGUACCCACUGGGCAGGAUAGUGGGGGGCACGGUGAGUGGAAUAACUCAACUGGUUCGAUGACAGGGCCUGGUACCC